AUGGUUCGCGUGAUUGUAUUUUCAGAUUUCGAUGGAACGAUAAGUUUGCAGGAUACAGGAACGAUAUUGAUUGAUCAUUGCAUGGGCAAGGAGAAUCGCAGAAAGCUGGAUUUCUGUGUCAUUGAUGGAUCACUGAAGGGAGCUGAGGUGCUCAAGAUUAUGUGGGAAAAUGUCAAUCUAACGUAUGCCGAGGCUAUGGAUAUGCUCAAAGAUAUCAAGAUGGACGAGGACUUUUCAACAUUUGUGCAGUUUUGCCAACGUCACAGUGUUCCUGUUACUGUGCUCAGCGCAGGACUGGACACGUUGGUCAAACAGUUCCUAAAAAAGGAGCUUGGAAGCAACAUUGAUGCUAUUUCCGUGAUUGCCAACGGAUUAAAACUGACGGAUAGACGUUGGGAGAUUGUAUUCCAUGAUGACAGUCAAUACGGUCACGACAAGGGAAAGUCUAUACGGAAAGCUAAAGCAACAUACGGAAGACACGAACCAGUUACGAAUUUCAUAUCUCCUGCAACAGUGCUGAAACCAGAGAGCGACUUGACGACUCUUCCCCUUCCCUUGGUCAUUUUUGUCGGGGAUGGUGUGUCGGAUAUUUCAGCUGCUCGUGAAGCUGAUAUUUUGUUUGCGAAAAGAGGUCUAGAUCUAGAGGACUGGUGUCUUAAAGAGGGCGUUACAUAUACUGCAUUCGAUAGAUUUAGUGAGGUUUUGGAUGUUGUUAGAGCUGUUGUACAUAACGUCGAAAAUAACCUGAAACUGUAA